AUGCGCCUUGGCCGCUUCUGUGCGACGUUUGGCAUGUUCCUGCGCAAGACCCGAUCCACGGACGAGGUCCGCGCGAGAGCGCAGAAGAGCGCAGAUGGCGGCCUGAAAGGUAUGGGGAAGCGUCUGAAAAACAAGCGGUCGUUUCGUCUCUUUCGCUCGCCGCGCUUGGACGAGCCGAUGCCGAUGCACCAGCAAGAGGCGCAUUCGCCGCCGCUGACGGACCUGACGGCGCCGCCGCCCAUGUUUCCGGAACCAGAGCACCCCGAGUCAAGCUCUGGGUAUGGGGCCGCGCAUGCGCCGGCAGGAUUCGGUGCAGAGGGCGCCAACCAAGCUUCGAUGCAGAUGGACCAGAUGCACUUGUUUGGCGACUCGCGUGCGCCGCUCACUGCCAUGCGGAUUCCGCGGCAGCAUCUGCCGGUAGAGGAGGGAGGGUACGUGACGCAGGGUACUUUUGCGGCGCAGCCCGUGCAGCCCGUGCAGCAUGCACAAGUGCCGUACAGGGCGACGGAACAGCAAAGCCAGAUGCAGUUUGCGAGCGGAGCGCAGCCCGAGUACAGAUUUGAUUCGCAGCGUGCGCCGCUCAGCACUGGCGAUGGCCAUGCGAUGCCAGUGCCGGAGCUUGCGCAGCUGCACCAGGCCCAGGACACCGAGUACGUUGCGGGACAGCGGUAUGACGACGAUCUAUUGCAGGCGUACGAUCCGGAUACGUCGUUCCAAACUUCGUUCACCUCUGCUUCCGAGCACAUUCCGAGCACGAUGCCCAUGUCGAGCUCGCCGCAGCCGCCGGUAUUUGCGCGGCAUGGCGACGUGCACGAAUGGCAAGACGUACGGGCGGGAAAUGUGGCAAGUGUGCCGAUGGGGGCACAGAUGAGCCCGGUGAUGGAGACGAAGCACCGCGCAGCAGCUGGAUCGCUCGGUGCAGGCACCACAAGGUCCUAUGCUACGCCGCCCGUGGCGUCUGCGCCGCUCUUGGCCUCUCCAAAUGCUGUACUUGCGCCCCCCGCUGCACCACCACGCAGCGCGCCGCCUUCUUCCACCAGCAAUGCGCCCUCUGUGCCUCUGACACAGUCCGCACCCAUUGUACCCACGCCCUUUGCGCAACAUACAUCCAUGCCAGAUUCCGUCGUACGCGUAGACUCGCUGCUGGGCGCGCAAUUCGUCCUCUACGACGACCCCUGCGUCCAGUCCCUCAAGACACCUGCGCCUAAUGCACCGCAUGCCCUCCCCGUCGCAUGGACGUACGACGACUGGUUCGCCGAAUUCAGCGCGCACGGCCAAGGACACGACGACGACAUCACGGCGAUAGUCGGGUGCAAUAACCCCAGCAUUGUCGAUCCGGAUGCGCACGCAAGUAUCAUGGCCUUUGCUGCAUUCGGCUCUACCCUGCGAUACGAGCCUUCGCGCUCGUGUAUGUACGAUAUGGCUUCGCGCGUCGCGCGUGAAGGUACCGAAGUAAUGAGCCUCGCCGCCGCCGACAAGACCAGCAGCACCGUGCCGAUCACUGCGCGAGCCCGAAAUCUAGCGCUCCUUGUUCCAACCAGGCACGUUGUCCUCGCCGCAACGCCGCACCGCCUGAUUGCAGAGAUGACCUCUGGCUCGUCGCCUGGCCUCACCGAAGACAUUUUGCUGUGCUACCGCAGCUACUUUAACGCACUGCAUCUAUUUGGCCUCUUGCGAUCGCGCCUUGUUUGGGCGGUGCACAGCCUUUCAAAUGAGCUGAAACACAAGUGCGCCGUGCAUGUUCUCUCCAGCACCCUCGCCGCCUUCACUCUCUGGGUCGAAGAGUAUUACGCGAUGGACUUCGCCCAGCACGCGGAGUUGCAGCGAAAUUUAUUGCAUUUUGUCACGGAAGAAGCACAAGCGGCGUCCGCUUGGCAGCUCGACGCUGCGGUGGACGACGCUGCCGGUUUGCGCGACGCGAUGCACAAGCUCUACCUCCUUGUCACCGGCCAUCAAGAGCCUGCGGACACAGCAGCGUCUUCUCGCACACCGAGCUUGGGCCACCGCAAAUCCCCCAGCCUGCAAAAGGUCAAGUCUUUCACGCGCUUGUUUUCUGGCAACAAGCGUGCCGAGGACGAGUCGGGGCACAAGCGCGAGCCCUCGGGAGGAUGGGGACACAAGCGUGCACCGUCCAGCUCGGGCUUGCGCCGCAAGGUGCGCAUGGACGAAGCAACUCCGGCGCCGGACGCGCCGGACGAGCACCGCCACUUUCGCCGCUACGAGCCGCCGCAGGACAAGGAGGGCUGUACAGACACCGAUGAUGUCGACCAGGAUGCCAAUCUCUCGCAGCUCGAAAAGCAUCUCGACGGCUUGGGUGCAGGCAUAGACAAUGCAGCACAAACACGAACACGAACGCAGGAUGGGCCUGUCCAGUGGAUUCCGUCGCAUGCCAACGCCUCCUGGAAAGACGCGCAGCGCCUAUCCACGCUUGUGCACUGCCCCUUGGGCAAGACUAGCGCGCCUGGCACAUGGCCCGCCCGCGAAUCGCUGCUCCUUUCCCAGCGCUCCAACACGAUUGCAAAGCAGCUGAGCCAAGUAGAGAAGCAGCUCUUUGCCAUGGUGCACUGGAAAGAGCUCCUAGAGCUCUCCUGGGACCAGCAAACGGUCCAGCAAGAGCUUUGGCAGCGCGAAUACCAGGAGUACGUUGCUUGGCGGAUCAGUCACGCAGGCACGCCGGACAAGCUGCCUGCUACGCUCGACAAGGUGGCUGUGACGCACAUGCUCAUUGCACGAUUCAACCGUACCUGCGCUUGGGUCGCGAGCCAUAUCGUGAUGACGGACGAGUUUUCCGAGCGCGUCGUGAUUCUGUCCAAAUUCAUUCGCAUCGCUUGGCACUGCUACCUCCUGGGCAAUAUGGCGACGGUGAGCCAAAUUUUGUUUGGCCUCCAGUCGCCGUGGAUUGCACGCUUGCUAGAGACCUGGAGGCAGGUCGGCGCAUGGGAAAUGCGCAUCUUCCAGGCGCUUCGUCGGCUCACUUCGCCGCACGACCAGUUCCUCUAUUUGCGCCAGUCGAUGCUCCGCGACUUGCAAAUGAUGCACGGCGGGAGCGUGCAUAUGCACAUCCCCUUCUUUGGCACGUUUGUCAUGGAUCUCGCAGCGAACGAUGCCUUGUCGUGCUACGUCGAUGCUUCGCUCGUGCCGAAUAUGAUGCCAUUUUACGACGAUCAGGAGCUUUCACAGAGCUGGGACGCGCUCCUGAACUUGUACCGACUCCGCAUGAAGGCGAUGAUUGUGCGCGAUUUCAAGCGCUUACAGCGCGCAUCGCUGGCCAUGCCUGACAUGGACAUAGACGUUCCGAUCUUGGCCGAGACGCUGCAGCUGGACACACUGUCUACCACACAGAUCCAGAACGCGUCGCUCGCACUAGAGUAG